AUGAAAAAAAUAAUAUCAUCAAGAGAAUUAUUAGAAAUAUUAAAAGAAUCAUCAAAAUUAUCAUGUAUUACAAUCAAUUCAACUAAUUUAAUAUCAUCAUUCAAUAAUGAUGAAAUAUGCAAGUAUUUAAAAAAAGUAAUGACAAAAUUACAUAUAGAUAAACAGUUUAAUCUCUCAUUCAAUAAUCUUAAUAAAUCACCGAAAUUUUAUGAAAUUUUUUCAAAUAUUGAACAACUUAUAUAUUAUGUUAUCGAACCAAGUCAUCUGUUACUUUUAUUAAAUCAAUUAACAAAAUUAUCAAUUAUAAAGAUUUAUUUACUGGCAUUAGAACAAGAAUCAGUUAGAUUAAACUUUAUAUUUCAUGCCCAAGGUAUUGAUGUAAGUGUUCCAGAACUAUCUAUAUGGAUUGAUAAAAAUGAAUUCAUUAUCUAUAAGAUUUCUUAA